AUGAAUCGCUUCCUUGAGCAGAGGGAGGCUCUGCAAAAGCAGGUUGGUGUCUUAACCCUGCCCAAGCUGCAGUGUAAGGAGCUGGACACAUCCAUCAGCUCCACCUUGGGUCUGAUCCGCUCCCUGCAGGAAGCAGUGCAGCAGAAGGAUGCUGCCCAGGCAACUCGAGAGGAGCAGCUGCUGCAGGAGCUGCAGGAGUCCCGGGCAGGCGAACGGCGCUGCAGGGACGCGGUGCAGCUGCUGCAGGCCGAGGUCUCGCAGCUGCGUCUGAGGCUCCGCAGCUCCGAGGACAGAGCAGAGGCCUUGGCCACACAGCACCAGCAGGCCAGCGGUGCCCACCGCACAGCCCAGUGCCAGCUGGACAGACUGCUCCUGGCUGUCCACCGCAUGGCCAGGGAUGACCCCGCAGAGCUCACGGUGGACACAGUGGAAGCAGCCCUGCAAGACCUGUGGCAGCACCUGGAGCAUUCCCAGAAGGACCUGAAUGAUGCAAGGAAGAAGAUUCAGGCCUUGAAGCUGCAGCUGAGCACGACGCAGGCUCAGAGGGACUAUUUGUGUGCCUGCAAUCAGGAGCUGCAAAAACAGCUGGCUGAAAGACAGGAAGCCAUAGAGAGGGCAGAACGCAAGAACUCUCUAGAAACUGCCCUGAGGGAAGAGGCCACUGCAAGAAAGGAAGAGGCCAUGACCCUUCACCAGGAGGUGGCAUGUCUGCAGAGCAAACUGGAGAGCAUGGAGAAGGAAAGGAAGGAUGUGCUGGGCCAGAGCACGGAGCAAGGCCUCCAGCAGGUGGACACCUUGGUGGCCCGGUACUGUCAUGGCUGCCUCUGGUGGGGGCUUCCCUGGCUGCCCGUCCUGCUCCUCUUCCACCCCAGCACCCUCCGGCCACUCCUCAGAGCCUCAGCUUUUGUGGCCCCCAAGGACAAAAUUUUCUACGGCUUCCUCAAGCCCUGGCUGGGGGAGGGGCUGCUGCUGAGCGGCGGGCAGCGCUGGGCACGGCACCGGCGGCUCCUGACGCCCGCCUUCCACGGGGAUGUGCUCCGGAAUUACCUGGGAAUCUUCAACCAGAGCACCCGCGUGCUGCUCGCCAAGUGCGAGGCAGCAGCAGCAGCAGCUGGCGGGGGGCCGGUGGAGUUGGAGGUGCUGCAGCCCCUGAGCCUCCUCACCCUGGACACGCUCCAGAAGUGUAUCUUGAGCCACGAGAGCCACUGCCAGGAGCGACCCAGCGAGUACCUCCAGGCCAUCCUGGAGCUGAGCUCGUUGGUGGUCCGGCACCAGCUCCGGCCCCUCCUCCACCCAUGGUGGCUCUACAGCCUCUCCUCUGAUGGCCGGCGCUUCGGCCAUGCCUGUGCCACCGUCCACGCCUUCACCGCCGAUGUGGUGCAGCGCCGGCACCGCGCACUCGCCUCCCUGGGCCACCAGGCCUGGCUGGAUGGCCACCUGGGACACAGCAUGGACUUCAUCGACCUCCUGCUGCUCACCAAGGACGAGAACGGCCACACCCUGUCAGAUGAGGACAUAGCAGCUGAGGCUGACACCUUCAUGUUUGAGGGCCACGACACCACGGCCAGUGGCCUGGCAUGGCUCUUCUACAACCUGGCCAGCCACCCUGAGCACCAGGAGAGGUGCCGCCAGGAGGUCCAGCAGCUCCUGGCUGGCCGGGACACUGCAGACAUUGAAUGGGAGGACCUGUCCCAGCUGCCCUUCACCACCAUGUGCAUCAAAGAGAGCCUUCGGCUGCACCCUCCUGUCACUGCUGUGUCCCGGCGCUGCACCAAGGACAUCCCCCUGUGUGAUGGCUGUGUCAACCCCAAGGGGGUCAUCUGCCUGAUGAGCAUCUACGGGACCCACCACAACCCAGACCUCUGGCCCAAGCCCAAGGUAGGGGCACGUGUUCAACCCCUGAGGUUCAGCCCAGAGAACAGCAAGGGACAGUCCCCAUCAUCCUUCAUCCCCUUCUCUGCUGAGCCCAGGAACUGCAUUGGGCAGAGCUUUGCCAUGGCUGAGAUGAAGGUGGUAGUGGCACUGACCCUGGCCCGGUUUGUGCUGCCGAGGGACGCAGCGAGGCCACCCCCGCGCCGCAAGCCCGAGCUGAUCCUGCGUGCCGAGGACGGGAUCUGGCUGCUGCUGGAGCCACUGGUGGGACUGGCCUGAGGGACACGGGUCACCACGGCAUGGGGACACUCUGCAAGGUGUCUGGAGGAAGAGCAGGGAAUUAAUGGUAGCAUGAAGGGGACAGUAUCGUGGUGGUGGUGGGGAUGUGUUGUCCUUGGUCAUGGCAAACCUCAUGGCAUGGACAUGGACACCCACGGACUUGUCCCCUAGGCCACUUGACACCAUCCAUGGCCAAGUCCCUCUUGUCCUCAUGCAUGGCCAUAUACCCCCAUGUCACCAUCUGUGUCUGUGACCCCCCCAUGCCCAAUAUCCCCAUCCACAGCCAUGUCCCCACCCAUGUCCAUG